AUGGAGAACGAUUUCAACACUGAGUCAUCAUCAUCUGCCUUUACUCUUCAACAUUCUUCAGAGACAAUGUUUUCCAUUCAGUUAUUAGAUUUCAAAACAAGUUUACUGGAAGCAGUAGAAGAAUUACGUAUGAGAAGGAAAAACAAAACAGAAUACCAUCAGAAUGGAUGUAAGGUUAUCCUACAAAUUAUAGAGCUAUAAUGGAAUAGGGAAACUCUUCAGAGUCAAAAGGAAGCAUUAGUGAAGCAACACAAAGAAGCAAUGGAAAUUUUUAAAAAGCAGUUGCAAAUGAAGAUGUAUGCCUUGGAAGAAGAAAAGGGAAAAUAUCAACUUGCUGCAGAAAUAAAAGAAAAAGAAAUAGAAGGAUUGAAGGAAACAUUAAAAGCAUUACAGGUUUCUAAAUAUUCUUUACAGAAGAAAGUGAGUGAAAUGGAACAAAAUGUCCAGUUACAUCUUUUGGCUAAAGGUGAUUAUCAUAAACAACUGAAUGAAAUUGAGAAAUACUAUGCUACAAUAACAAAACAAUUUGGAUUGGUAAAAGAGAAUCAUGGAAAGUUAGAACAAAAUGUACAAGAAGCAAUAAAAUUAAACAAAAGACUUUCAACUUUAAAUAAAAAACAAGAAUCUGAAAUAUGCAGUUUGAAGAAGGAACUAAAAAAAAUAGCUUCUGACUUGAUAAAGUACAAGGUCACAUGUCAGUAUAAAAUAGAAGAAGAAAACAUCAAUAUAAGAAUUAAAGAACAGAAAUUUGAAGAACUUCAAGAAAGACUCAACAUGGAAUUAGAAUUAAAUAAGAAGAUUAAUGAUGAGAUUAUCCAUACUGAAGAAGAAAAACAGGCUAUCAUCAUUUCUUUUCAACAUAUGCAGCAGUUACUUCAGCAACAAAUUCAAGCUAAUACUAAAAUGGAUGCAGAAUUGAAGAUGCUAAAAGAAAAUAAUCAGACCCUUGAAAGAGAUAAUGAGCUGCAAAGGGAGAAGGUAAAAGAAAAUGAAGAAAAGUUCCUUAAUCUUCAGAAUGAGCAUGAGAAAGCACAAGGAACUUGGAAGAGACAUGUUGAAGAACUUAUUGGAGAAAUUAACAAGAUUAAAAAUGAAUUAUCAUCACUUAAAGAAAUUCAUAUUAAGUUUCAAGAACAUUACAACAAGUUAUGCUGUCAGAAAAAAGUUGAAGAAUAUAAGAAGUUUCAGAAUGUUCCAGAAAUAAAUAAUGAAAACAGUGAAAGAACUAAAAAAUCAGAAAAUGCCAUCAUACAGAAAUACAAUUCUGGGCAAGAAAUAAUGGAAGAAAAUACUAAGAGUUUUUAUUCAGAUGUUGAAGAUAGAGAAGAGGAGGAAAAGAAAGACCUACCUAUAGAAGAAAUCAUCACAGAAGGUUUACAGCUUUUUGAAAAAAGUGUCAAGAAUGAAAUUAAUACUACUGUCUCUCAGGAUGAAAAUCAAAGUGAAAUCUCCCUAAGCAAAGCCCUCUACCUAGAUAAAGAUGUAAUUAGUCAAAAACAAACUGUGAAUGUUACUCACUGUAGAGAAUCAGUUACUGCAGAAAUAAAAUACAAGGUAGUCGUGGAAAAAGACAAUGAAUGUACAGAAUUUAAAGCACAAAAUAAUCCACUUUUAGUGAUGGAUCUAUCAACAGAAACCAAAAAAAUACCCUUAGAAAGAAUGGAAGGAUUAGAUCUUCAUCACACAGAUAUACAUCUGGAAAUUGAAAAUAACAGAGCCUCGUUUAACAGUGUUGUAAAUGAGACAGCUUGCAAUAGGAAUAAUAAAGAAGUUUCUGAACAUAAACCAUUUGAACAACAAUUCAGAUUGCACCUGGAGACUCAAGAAAAUGCUACAGGGAAGGAAAUUAUUAAUAGCGCCCAAACCAAAACAGAUUUAGAUUCAUCUCCAGAUAUAAAAAUGAUUCCUGGUCAGUGUGAGAAGUAUAGUUCACAGGAUUCAACUCAUAUUAUAUUAGAUGAUAAACAGUGUAAAAUAAAACAAAUACAACUAUUCAAUAAAAAAAGUGAAUACAGCAUAUUACCUUUUAAACAAACUUCAAAUAUUCAGCAAAUAUGUCAAGAUACUUCAGAGAAAACUGAACUUAUUCCUCCCUGUGAUGUAGUAAUCAACCAUCUCAUUUCAUCUGCUGCCUUCGGUGAUAAUGUGAAAGCACUUAAGAAUACAGAUAACAGUAUUAAUAUUACACCUACAUUGGAGAAAUUCAGCUCAAUCCCCGGAGAAAGAGUUGUGUGGAAAAAUAUGAAUGAUAUGAAAAAUCAUCAAUUUAAGAACUGUUUGGGAUAUUUAGAAAACAAUAUCACCAUUUCCCAUCUUCAGGUUAAUGAUGAGAAUAGUCAUACUUCACAAGCUAAAGAUUUCAAAACUGAUGUUCAUAUGAAAACUUCCAAAGAAAUACAGUUUUCCAAUGAGAGUCAGAUUGAUGAGAAUCAGAUAACUGAAGUCACAAAAAAUGACCUCUUCCUUUUUGUAAAUGUGAACGAAACACAGCAUAUGUUGUUAAAUAACACAGAGAAAAAAGAGUCAUUAAAUGGCAUAGUUUCAGGAAAAAUGUACAGUGAAGGUCAGCUGGAAGAAUCAGAUUCAUUUCACAUAAAGCCAUCUGGUGAUUUAGUAAACAGAAGUGGAAGGUCAACCUUUGAUCUUUUCACUUCAGAUAAAAAAACUGAGAAAACUCCAGUAUACAUGAAUUUUUUAGACCCUGAUCCUUGGUCAAAAGUAAAUCAAACUGAGAGUCAAACAGUGAACACUUCAACUUCUAGCAUUCCUUUGUUGCUGAAAGAGAGACCAGUAGGUCCAACAGAAAAUAAAACGAGAGUUUCAAUGGCCAUUUGUGAAAAAGCUGGUAUGGAUGAUGACAGAAAGGAUAUUGGACCGGAUACUACCACCAUUAACAGAGUUGCUGACACUUUGAAUAACUGGAGUAUCCAUCCAGAUCCCAAGGGAGAGCCCAGUGAAGAGAGGAAUGCAACUGCAAAGACUUUUUAUGAUUCCUCUUUUCCCACAGAACAUGUCAAAGCAAAGCCUCUGCUUUCCACUGUGCUACAAAGCCAUUUUCAGGCAAUCAAGGUCAAAGAUGCUCCUGAUCUGGCUGCCCUUUCUGGUAUCGACAACUGGAAGAGCCUCAUGACAAAUCAGAUAACUGAAAAGUUUUUAAGCUUAGAAAAUGGCAACCAAUUCAAAAAAAGAAAAGCUGAAGAGAUGUUUGAAAAGAUAGAUUAAGUGAAGUUAACAGAUACUUUCAGUAGUGAAAUGAAACUGGAACACUGGCACGGUUAUUACCAGAAUAAAAUAACUUACACCUAA